GCGGCGGCGGCUCUCUUCACUGUCGAGAGAGACAGAGAGAGAGAGAUACCUGAGCCAGCAGGUCAACUCAGGUUACCUCAACAGCACCCUUUCCUGGCCAUAAGCAUGUACAAUUAUGUGGACUUCACCCAGACAGAGAGAAAAGGAAAAAGUCUGAGAGCUGUGGAUAUGUGCGCUGUGUGCAGCCUGGAAAUAAAGGAACCGCAAGCAGCCAUCCUUGCUGGGGCGUCUCUGUCCCUCGACCCCCAUCCUUGCUGGGGCGUCUCUGUCCCUCGCCCCGAGGCCUGCACCGCCCUCCUAGAGACACUGUGCAAAGGAACUGCCGCGAUUUCCCUCGCGUUCAGGCGCAUUUCUGGCCUCGGAACACCUCCGCGCACGCAGAUGCACGCCCCGAAGCUCCCGCGACCGCCCGCCCGCGGCGCGCACCCUAAACUCUUCGCUCCUCUUACCCUGCCGCUGGCUCCGCACCGCCUAUUCCCCUGCCGCCUGCAGGACUUUGGGGGACUCCAUCGAGCUACCAGGAGACUCACAGGCAGCCAGCCUGGGCAGGCACAACUGGACCCGGGCCUCGGCAGCCUCCGCUGCACCCUGGGAGCCCUCAGCCCCAUCACACCCUGCCUGGAGAAGCGGCUGGGGACUUGCCCUUCCGAAGCAGAGGGAGCCCCUUGCCUGGCUCCCGCCUCCCCGAAAGGAUCUAAGCACUUGCUUCCUCCACGCCAGAAAGCCUGAGAGCCACAGGGAGGAGAAAUAACGAGAACUGGAUACGGUUGGGUUUCUGGUUUUUUAAGUGACUUCGAUAUAUUAACACAGAGCUGUUCUACCACAACAAACAGAAGCACGUUACAGGACGGACUCUGGGGAUGAGUUGACACUGCUAUGUACACGCCAGAGGCGCUGGCCUGAGCCGCCGGACCCAGCCUGCGGCAUGGUCCCCGGCCCUCGCCCCUCAGCUCCUGGGCUGGGAAGCGUUCUUGUGUAUAUGUGUGUGUCUUUUUUUUUUUUUUUUGUACAAAAUCUGCACUCAGAGCACCCCAGGCCUGGGGAAGGAUGGCCCGGACCAAAUACAACACAGGAGAAAAAAAAAUAGAAAUAUAGUGAUUCAAGUACUGGCUUCUCUGAAGAAAGGAGGA